AUUAUCUCAGAUGUUCGUUUGUGAUGAAUUAAUAAAAAUAUUUACAGUGCUUUACAUUGCAUAGGCCAACGAAUGCAUAAAUAUGUCAAAAAUAUUCUAUUCGCACAUCAAAAAAACGAUUCUAUCGUUUAUGUAUACCUUAGGUAGUGUCUAGUUGAGCUAAAAAAGUUUGCAAAGCUGAACCAACAAGAAAAUGUGCUAAGAACCACAUCCUGUUCUCAAGAGCUGAUCCAUGAUGCCUAGAACUGCUGUGCUUUUAGUCACGUCGAGCUCUUCUUUACUCUGUGACUCAAAUCACAAAUCUCAGCUUUACCCCAUACUAUUCACUCACUAAUGUCCCAGAUUUAAAAAAAAAAAAAGUGUAAAGAGAUUAGUAGGCUAAUUUUCCGUUCUUUCUCUUGCCACACCUUAGAGGAUUGAGGGAAGCCACAUGUCUUCUCGUGGUUUCUUUGGGUUUAGAAAAGUUUAUGCGGACAUUUCUACAACCAUUCAAUCUGCUUAUUAGGUAUUCAUUACAUCAUUUAAGCUCAACAUCUUAUUUGACUUCUUGUGGACUGGAAAAAUAAUUAUGCAUUUGCUUCAUCAUUGUACUUUGAUAGAAUUUAGAAACGUUUAUUAAUAUAAAUGUUUGAUGUAUAUUGUAUCUGAUGUGCUUUUUAUUUCGAUAACCUACAAACAGCACAUCAUUCAAUUGUAUUAUGCAAAUAAUGCACACGUAAAUAGGGGGCUUUUUGCGAAACAGAUUAUUCAAUUAUAAAGCACUUUGAACUACACACAAACCUGCAAUGUUAUUAAAGCACCCCCUCACUCGUUAUGAGUUUAAACGAAGCCGUCGGGAAAUAAUAAAUUCGGCUCGGAGUUUAAAAAACUGGCGUUCUCACGCACUUCCGCUGAACAUCUCGCGAGAUCAAGUUUCCUUGACAACAGUACACCGUGUUUUCAUGGAGGCGUCUGAGCGACAAAAGAUUCAACUCAGAACCAACCAGCCAUACUGCACACACCAUGAGGUGAAUGCAGAAGAAGCGACCAGUGUGCACACACCAUCCCCAAGACAGAUAGUUUCCAGGAGGUCAGGCAGGCAGAAGCACAGCGCCAUGGCCUCUUACGCUGGCGAUAAACUAGAAGAGGACACUAAAGUAAAGAAAAAAGAGCCACCACUUGGUGCCCGUGCUUCUAAUCAGAACGAUGAAGAAGAUGAAGAGGAUGAUGAGGAUGAGGAUGAUGACGAAGAUGAUUCUGAUGACUCAGAGUCUGAUGAAGAAGAAGGGGAGCCCGGAUCUGCUCCAGAAGGUGCAUACGACCCAGCCGAUUAUGAACAUCUUCCUGUGACAGCGGAGAUCAAAGAGCUUUUUCAGUACAUCACAAGGUAUACUCCACAGACGAUAGAGCUUGACCACAAAUUGAAGCCCUUUAUCCCUGAUUUCAUCCCAGCUGUGGGAGACAUUGAUGCUUUCCUCAAAGUACCAAGGCCAGAUGGGAAGGCCGACAAUCUGGGUCUCCUGGUUCUGGAUGAGCCGUGCAAGAAACAGUCAGACCCAACAGUGCUUUCCCUGUGGCUCUCAGAGAACAGCAAACAACACAACGUUGCCGAAGUGAAAGUAAAGAGCGUUGAAAACCCAGAGAAGAACCCGAAAGCCAUAGACAGCUGGAUCGAGAGCAUUAGUGAGCUGCAUCGGUCCAAGCCUCCAGCGACUGUACACUACACCAGACCCAUGCCGGAUAUUGACAGCCUUAUGCAAGAGUGGCCGCCUGAGUUUGAGGAGCUUUUAGGGAAGGUCAAUCUUCCCACAGCAGAUAUUGACUGUGAUUUGGCAGAGUAUGUUGACAUUAUUUGUGGAGUCCUGGACAUCCCUGUGUACAAGAAUCGGAUUCACUCACUUCACGUCCUGUUCACACUUUACUCCGAAUUCAAAAACUCACAGCACUUUAAAUCUGUAGCGGAGGGCCAGAAAUCUGACACACCGCCUGCUUCGCGUACAGCCACUGCUGAAUUAGAAAGACUCACUUUGGAUUGAGGUCUAUUUUGGCCUAUUUUCUGACAUCCUGUUUUGUUCUUAGCUGUUUGUCACCAGUUGUGUGAAGUUAAAUUGUUUUGCGUCUUGGACUUAUAUGUUUGCAUUUAACAGACUUUUAAUUAAAAAAAUCUGUAGAUUGAGAACUGUA